AUGGCCGAUGGAAAUGUCGAAGACAGCAUUUAUCCUAUUGCUGUUUUAAUUGAUGAACUACGUAAUGAAGAUGUUGCAUUGAGACUUAACUCCAUCAAGAAAUUAUCUACUAUUGCUUUAGCGUUAGGUGUAGAAAGAACUAGGAAUGAACUUAUACCUUUUUUAACUGAUACUAUUUACGAUGAGGAUGAAGUCUUGUUAGCCUUGGCGGAGCAACUUGGAAAUUUUACUCCAUUAGUAGGUGGAUCAGAUCACGUCUACGUGCUUCUCGCUCCAUUGGAAAGUCUAGCAACCGUUGAAGAAACAGUUGUUCGAGAUAAAGCUGUUGAAUCUUUAAGAAAUAUUGCUGUUGAACAUAAGCCCAAGGAUUUAGAAUCACAUUUUGUACCACUAGUAAAGAGGUUGUCACAAGGAGAUUGGUUUACGUCUAGAACUUCAGCUUGUGGAUUGUUUUCAGUUUGCUAUUCUCGCGUCAAUCCGAAUGUUAAGAGUGAACUCAGGAACCACUACAAGAUGCUUUGUAAUGAUGAUACGCCAAUGGUACGAAGAGCUGCUGCUGGAAAACUAGGUGAAUUUGCAAAAGUAUGCGAAAGCGAUCAAGUAAAGGCUGAUCUUAUACCUUCUUUCACUGCUCUUGCUGGUGAUGAUCAGGAUUCUGUGCGAUUGUUAACUGUCGAAGCUAGUAUUGCAAUUGCUAGUUUACUCAACACUAGCGAAAUUGAAGAAUUGUUAAUGCCUACUAUUCGAGCAAUUAUGCAGGAUAAAUCUUGGCGUGUCCGUUACAUGGUAGCUGACAAGUUUACUCAGUUGCAAAAGGCUGUAAAGUUUGACAUUACUAAAAAUGACUUGGUCAAUGCCUACCAUCACUUGCUGCGCGAUGCUGAAGCUGAAGUUAGAGCCGCUGCAGCUCACAAAGUCAAAGAUUUUUGUGAUGCCUUGCCAAAAGAUUGCCAAGAGCAAAUCUUAAUGAAUAGCAUCUUGCCAUGUGUCAAGGAAUUGGUAAAUGAUCCUAAUCAGCAUGUAAAAUCUGCAUUGGCUUCUACAAUUAUGGGCCUGUCAGCUAUUUUAGGCAGAGAUGGAACCAUUGAACACUUGCUACCCCUUUUCCUUACGCAAUUAAAAGAUGAGUGUCCUGAAGUGCGUCUAAAUAUAAUUUCAAACCUAGAAUGCGUAAAUAAAGUCAUUGGAGUAAGCCAACUUUCCCAGUCGUUACUUCCUGCAAUUGUUGACUUAGCGGAAGAUUCUAAAUGGCGUGUUCGCUUAGCUAUUAUAGAAUAUAUACCUUUACUGGCCGGCCAACUGGGUAUUGACUUUUUUAACGAAAAAUUGAAUAACUUAUGCAUGACCUGGCUAUCUGAUAGUGUUUAUGCAAUUCGUGAGGCUGCUACGAAAAAUUUGAAGAAAUUAGUGGAAGAGUUUGGCAAAGAGUGGGCACAGAAUACACUGAUGCCGAAGGUUUUGAAUAUGUCGAGAAAUCAGAAUUACUUACAUCGUUUGACUACACUAUUUGCUAUUAACGUGUUAGCGGAUGUAUGUGGUAAAGAUAUCACCUCGAAAACAAUGUUACCUGUUCUUAUCAAUAUGGGAAGCGAUAGCGUUCCCAACGUUCGUUUUAAUAUUGCCAAGACUUUACUUCAGUUGGAGCCACACUUGGAAGAUAGCGAAUUGCAGUCUAAAGUGAAGCCCUGCCUAGAGAAAUUGAUAACCGAUACUGAUGUUGACGUGAGAUACUUUGCUACGGAAGCAAUAGAUGGUAUAAAACAGGCGCGUGGUAACACUUGGUGAGAAGCGACCAAAUCCAGGAUUGUAUGUAAUUUACAUUUAAUUUUUACUUUUAUGCUGUUAGGAUGACUUACCGUCUCUUGCGUAACCUUCAGCACAACCUGUAUAAGUGUGAUCAUAGUAGAGAAUAGUAACAAUUACUUCAUUACGAUUGCUUUGGUUUUAGUAUGUUACAAGGCCAAUUACUAUGUUUCCGUAACCUAUUAUCCAUUAAGAUUAAGCUAACAAAUCGGAGCUAAAAUUUAGCGUAG